UCAGUUUGCCCUACUGAGCCAAAGGUAUCGGCAUUGGAAUUUUGUCGCGUAAACAGAAAUAACAAUUAAAAUUAAAACAAUAGUUAUUUGCACUCGCCAACAUGCCCACGGUGCGGAAAUAUAGACGCGAAACUGAAACAACUGAAAUUUCCUGCUGCCUUAAGUUUAUGCUCUUCACUGCCAAUGUGCUAAUCUGGAUGAUAGCCGUGCUUGUGCUGGCCGUGGGCAUUUGGAGUUGGAGUGAAAAGGACAUGUUUCGCAAUAUUACUAAGUUAAAUUUCAUAGCGCUCGAUCCUGCAUUUGUGCUCAUCCUACUGGGAGCCAUAACAUUUCUGAUUGGUUUCACGGGUAGCGUGGGCGCUUUGCGAGAAAAUACUUGUUUAUUGGGGACGUAUGCUAUUUUUUUGAGCGUUUUGCUAUUAGCAGAGAUUGGCUUUUGCGCCUUGGCUUUCGUGCUCAAGGACAAGGGCUGGAUCAAGGAUCAGGCCACCGAGGGGCUACGUGCUUUUAUUAAACACUAUCGCGAAGAUCCCGACCAGCAGAAUCUCAUAGAUUGGAUACAGGAAGAUUGGCUUCAAUGCUGUGGCAUUGAUGGGCCCAAAGAUUGGGAUAACAAUAAUUACUUUAAUUGCUCAUCUGUCGAGAAGGGCAGCCGAGAGGCCUGUGGCGUGCCGUUUUCAUGUUGCCGACGACAUCCGCAGGAGCUGAUCAAGAAUAAACAGUGCGGCUAUGAUGUUAGAAAGGAAGAUCACCCUGUGGAUAGAAAUAUACAUGAGCGUGGUUGUUUGCGCGCUGGCGAGGAUUGGCUGGAGGCGCAUUUAAUAAGUGUGGCGGGCACAUGUAUAUCCAUGCUUAUCAUGCAGAACAACGAAUUGUCUAAAAUUUACGAAAAAGGUUGCGUACAGUCCGGCGAAGAGUGGAUUGAACAUAAUUUAAUUAUAAUUUCAACGGCCGUUAUUGGUGUUAUGUUUUUCCAGAUACUUGGCAUUUGUUUUGCUCAGAACUUACGCGCUGACAUAUAUGCACAAAAAUCUAAAUGGCACUGACAAAUAGCGCAUGCUGCCCCCACAGCACUCUAGAGGAAGGGUUACAGCAAUAAUUUAAAAAAAAAAGAUACGAAAACUUUACCAGACCCAACUGCUACUCUAUAUCUACGCUUCGGUAAGUUAACUAUAACAUAAAUACCCAAUCUAUGCAAAUACAAACGUACAUAUACACCUAGUCCACAUGUAUGUAUGUGGGCAUGUCUACUAAAUACGAACGCAUUCCGUCUUUAUUAAGAUGAACUAAUUGACUAGGUUGCCAAAUUUUUCGCCGUCUUAUGUAGAUUAUUUAUUACGCGCAAAAACUUUAUGAAAGCAAUUUUAAUACGUGGAAAAGAGUGAAGCAACAAAACAUUAACUUGAAAUGCAGCUGUGAUAUAUUUUUAAAACAAAGUAGAGAACAAAUAUGAAGCAAAACUAAAAAAAAAAACUAUGAAAUGCAUAACUCUUCCACGAAACAACAGCAACAACAAACAAACAAACUCAGCACAAAAACAUAUGUACUUAAUUCAAUUUAUUUUUAUAACUAAAAGACUUGCUAUAUACAUACAUAUUUAUUUUUUGUGUGGGGGCACAAAUGAUAAAAUGAGCUGCUUAGCAAAAUGUAAACAGUCGAACAAAAUAUUUUGUACGAGCUUAAAAAUCGCGUUAAUUAAAAAGCUUAUUUAAUAUUGUCGCCAGUUGACAAACAAUAAUAAAUAUAAACAAGCUAUACACAAACUAGUAUACCCUUUUACCCUUUGGGUAGAGGGUUUUAAAAAGCAAUCUAUUUUUGCAAACCUAUGCGUGACACUUCUACAAAUUAAACAAACGCGUGCGGUACUUUAGUCGAGCAACAAUAAAAAAAAAAACAAAAAGAACGUCUAUUUAAGCUAACAAAAAAAGCAACAAGAAAAAACCAGUUUGAAAUAACAAUUAAACAUUGUCUGAAGUUUUAAUUCAAUGUAUCUAGUUUAAGAUUGUUUUGUUCAUUAUAAUUUUCAAGACUGGCAAUUGUCAUUUAAUAACUUAAGCAAAUUACAAAUAACAAAUUCCAAAAUUGUGUUCUGAAAAUGUCUCAAAUGUAUUUUUUAUGCACUAUGUAGUCCAACUCCUAACCCGUCCAGUUAAGCAUACAUUUCUCAAAUUCUUGUCAUAACACACAGAGUCUGAUUUUAACCAAGUCGUUAUAUAGUCCAGAGUUUUAUUUCAUAACUUUAGUCCACGUUUGUAACGCAUAGCAGAAGGUUUACGCAUUGAGUCAAUAUAGGGAUGUCGUCUCUUGUGUCUCGCUUCUAACUCAAAUACCGACUGUUAAGUAGAGCGACAUACUACAUCGACUUGUAGACAGUCUUGCGUGUUACUUACCGUCGAAAAACACGUAUUAUAUACCCUAAAGAAAUCUCAAAACGUUGUGUUUAAAAUGUUGAUUUGAAAUAUCCCCGUUUCUAUAAUAUUUUGUAUUUUUUUGUAUCUAUUUUUGUAAUUAGUUCACAACAAAAACUAAUAUCGUUUAUUAAAGUUCAUCUUUUGUGUGAUUUAAUGUUUUGAU